GCUCAGAGUACAUUUAUAGGAAAUCCACGAGAAGAAGAAGGAGAUCCGUACUCGUAUAUCUUUUGAUGGUGUGAAAGUACCCGGUGGACUACUUUUUUUUCGGUUACGGCGCGAACCUCUCAUAAGAGGAGAAAGUGAUUUGAUAAUAAUUGUUACGUGAAUAGUUUUGUUUUUUCAAUCAGCUUGAAAAUGGAUGCUGACCAGUUUAGGGAGUUUGGUAGAGCCGCAGUGGAUUAUAUUGCUGAUUAUUAUGAGACUAUUAGAGACAGACCGGUCCUACCGAGCGUCCAGCCCGGUUACCUGGACGAUCUAUUGCCCAAAGAUCCACCGCAAAGCGGUGAAUCCUGGCGCGACGUCCUACAAGACGUUGACAGAAUCAUCAUGCCUGGAAUCACUCACUGGCAGAGCCCAAAUUUUCACGCCUACUAUCCAACCGCUCAGUCGUUUCCCAGCGUUGUUGCCGAACUUAUGAGCGCUGGAUUUGGCGUCGUCGGACUCAGUUGGAUCGCUAGUCCAGCAAUGACGGAACUCGAAGUCGUCAUGAUGAAUUGGCUCGGUAGAAUGUUGGAGCUGCCCGAACAAUUCCUGAAUUGUUCCGAAGGUCCCGGCGGAGGAGUGAUACAGGGUUCUGCGAGUGAAGCCACCUACGUAGGCCUCCUGGCGGCCAAAGAAAAAAAAGUCAAAGACCUCAUAACGGAAAAUCCUCAACUCAGCGAAGCGGAAAUCAAAGGAAAAUUAAUAGCCUAUUCUUCGGACCAAUCAAAUUCGUCUGUGGAAAAAGCCGGACUAUUAGGUUCAAUGAAAAUGCGUCUGUUACCGACAAACGGACAAGGACAAUUGACAGCUGACACUUUACAAGAAGCCAUCAACAAAGACAAAGAAGCCGGCUUGAUUCCUUGUUAUUUUGUGGCUAAUUUAGGUACUACUCCGACAUGUGCCUUUGACAAUCUUGAAGAGCUGGGUCCGAUUUGUAACCGAGAAGAAGUUUGGCUGCACGUCGACGCCGCCUACGCCGGUACCGCCUUCAUUUGUCCCGAGUACCGCCAUUUAAUGAAGGGCGUCGAAAUGGCCGACUCAUUUAACUUCAACCCGCACAAAUGGAUGCUUGUCAACUUUGAUUGUUCCGCUAUGUGGAUCCGUGAUGCUAAGUACCUAGUAGAAGCAUUUAACGUGGAACGUAUUUAUUUGAAGGACCAACAUAAGGGGCUGGCACCUGAGUACCGUCACUGGCAAAUUUCUUUGGGUCGUAGGUUUAGGGCCUUGAAAAUUUGGUUUGUUUUGAGAAUUUAUGGGGUUGAAGGUAUUAAGAAACAUGUGCGCAAUCAAGUGGGUUUGGCCAAGUACUUUUCCGCACUAGUUGAGAAAGAUUCCCGGUUUGAAUUGUGCUCGUGCAGCAUGGGUUUAGCAAGUUUCAGGCUCAAAGGUGACAACGCACUGACCGAAAAACUCUUGCAAAAGAUCAGCGACAAGAAAAAUCAGUUUUUGAUCGCAGGCCAUUUGAACCAUCGAUACGUCAUACGUUAUGCCAUCUGUAGUCGUUUGACCGAACAACGUGACGUCGAUUAUUCUUGGAGGGAAAUCCUAGAAGCUGCUGACGAAUUGGUACCGCGUGCCAACAAGAAACUUAUUAUUGAGGUAGCUGAAAAACAAGGGUUGCUCAAUAUUGAAACUUGCAAAGCUGACAAGAGUGUGGAAAAAACAAAAUAGAGGGCGUUAGUAUUGUUGUUUAUCUUUAAUUUUUUAUUUUUGUUAAUUGAUUAUUAUAAGAAACCAAAGUUGUUUGAGAGAAGUAGGUUGUCUGAUAACUUUAUGACGUCAUUUGUGGUGCCCAGGUUACCCAUUACCAGACAACCUAUUUACUUCAAAAACCUUGAUAAGAAACUUAGUUUGUAGUGCGUUCAGUAUUAUGUGAUUGUUUGUUUUCUUGUAGGUUAGUGUUUGUGUAUUUUUGCGAUUUUUCAAAGAAUCUGGCAACGUUGCUAUUUGCACUCGAUUAUAUUCAAAUUAUUGCCGCAAAAUUAUCAAUGCAAUGUU